CAGAUGUCAGUGGUCGGUCUACCAACGCAGUCACCAGUUUGGUUUUUAGUCCUAGCAAAUAAAGAGACAAUUUUAUGUCCACUAAUAUGUUCUCCAUUCCAGGUUUCAUGUAAAGAUCAUUGAAGUAACUUAAUUCACCAAUGUCUUGAGAAGCUAUUUAUGUUAGGCCAACAACCAACUUCCCAGACACCAGCUCCUGCCUUCUCUGGCCAGACACAACAACUGCCUGCUCAACCACCACAGCAGUACCAGAUUAGUAAAAUUUAUGAUGGAAAACCUUGUAGAAAUAUUUAGAAAGGAUGUGGUUUCAGUUUUCUAUGAAGCACCACUGAAUCCUCCACAAGGACCAAAGGCCUUAUGUUCCCAGAGUUUUCCAUCUAACAUAGGGGAUAUAAAGGAAACAGAACAUGGACUCAGCAGCUGCCCCAGUGGGAGUACAUGCACCCCUGGCCAUUCUGGACUGCCAAGAAGUUCAGCUGCUCCUCAUCUCUACGACAGCAAUAUCGAUUUAGACAAAGAAGGAGGCAAUAUGUGUACAAAUCCACCAGUACCUUCUCAAAGUCCACCACCAGAAAUUAAAUAUUUGUUUGGAAGACCUCUCGAAAGUAUUUGUGAAGACAGAAAGCUGCCUGCCCCAAUAAUUGAUAUGUUGUCAAUCAUUGCAGAAAAGGGAGAAUAUACAGAUCACAUAUUUACAUUACUAUUGGAAAAAAGACACUGGUCCCUGAAGGAUAGAAUUAACGAUGAACAACAGAUUAACUGGAAUAAAGAAUCUGUUCUCAUUGUAGCUUCAGUUUUACGGGAUUUUAUUCAAAAUAUACAAGGGAGCUUGCUUUGUUCACAUUUAUUUGAAAAUUGGCUUAGGGUGCUUGAUGAAAAUUCUCUGCAUCGAAAAAUUUCAGCAAUCAAAAGAAUUCUACUGAAGAUUCCCCAACCAAACUACAUGUUGCUAAAAUAUCUUAUUUGUGUACUAUUGAAAAUUAAAAGAUCUUCAAAGAAUCAUUUAGACACAAACUGCUUAUCUGUCCGCUUAGCCUCUUGUGUGAUGUGGGAUCAGAAAUCCAGUGGUCCAAUUUGUGGGGUUAACUUCCCAAAACAGGUGUCUAUUAUGGGUAUCAUGAUUGACAACUGUGUAGACAUCUUUGGAGAUGAUGAUGUAUGUUUAAAAGAUAUUCAAAUGAAGUCUGAUACUGCUGGUAAAUCACCUGUUACUAAAAAGACCAAAAAUGGCCACAGUGGGAAAACCUGUGAUAAAAAAACAUUAAAGAUUGCAUCUGUUGCUCUGCAGGAAGAAGGUCCUACAGCAGAGCAAAAUGGAACAACUGCCACAUAUUAGUGGUAGAGGAUGACCAAAGAAGACUCUUGUUAUUCUAUUUUAAUGUUCCCACUUAAUCAUAGAAGAAGAUAUUAUUACAAGAUACUACUUCAGUAUUUACUAUAUUAUUAGUUACAUAUAGUAACUAAUAGUUAUAUCACUCUAUGCCAUAUGUUAUGUAUAAUUUGGCAUUAUAAUAAAAGUUAUUAAAUUAUAUUUUUGCUUAUA